AUGAGCUCUCGAUAUGUGUUAAACCCAUUCAUGAAUACAUCAAAACUGUUGAAUACAAUGAAAUACGCGGCCGAAAGGGACGGCAAAUGGAUCGGCGAUCAGAAGGACAGCCGUCAGUACUCGUGGACCGAUCGACAGCACGAGGAAUGGGUGGACAGACGGUUCGGACAAUUGGAUCCGUUGAAGCGAAAAACAUCACUAUUGGAGACAAAGUCAAUGAAAACCUCAGCAGUGGAGUCGUGGAAACAAAAGAAAUCACUGGACAACGCCAUCACACUAUCGCUGGCCAACAAUCAUUUGGGUGUCGAUAUUCUUCAGCAACUAUACGACAACCAGAAGAAUGCAUUCUUCUCGCCAUUCAGUAUAUCGAUGGCCUUCGCGAUGGUCUUCAUGGGAGCGAAAGGCAAGACUCACGAGGAAUUGUACGCUGGCCUCGGCUACAAAUCGGUCCACUUGUCCGACAUUCAGAUCAACGAACAGUUCCAAGAGAUUCUCACCGAACUGAACGACAAGUAUAAGAUCCGGCCGUACGCUCUUCGAGUGGCCAACAAACUGAUCAUCAGAGCCAGGUUUCCCAUCGAAGACAAGUACCAGGGAGUGCUGACCAAGUACUACCACUCGGCCGUAGAGUCCAUCGAUUUCCGGAAUAAUCCGGUGGCCAUUCGGGAAGCGCUCAACACAUGGGUGGCCAACACUACCAACAAUAAGAUCCAAGAGAUUCUGCCCAAACCGCUGGACCCGGUAGACCAAAGAGGAGCCGUUCAUCACCGGCGAUUUCUGCCCAAACCGCUGGACCCGGUGUCAACUUAUAUGGUUCUGUUGAACGCCAUCUACUUUAAGGGCUUAUUUGCCAACAAAUUCGACCCGAAAGAGACCAAAGAGGAGCCGUUCAUCACCGGCGAGACCGGCGCUGAGCACAAGAAGGUCCCAAUGAUGCACCGGAAGGGUGUCUUCAACUACACCGAAAUCAGCGCCAUUGACAGCAAACUUCUGGAACUGCCCUACGCUGGCGACGAGAUCUCGCUAUACCUACUGCUGCCAAACCAACCGCAGGGUCUCUCCAAGAGUAAGCAUCAAUUGAAAGACUUCGCGGUCAUCGAGAAGGCGAUCACCCGAUGCUAUUCCAUGGAAGUGGACGUAACGGUUCCCAAAUUCAAGAUCGACGCCCAGUACUCGCUGAAGGACUUGUUCAUGACUUUGGGCAUUAGCUCACUGUUCGGGCCGACGGCUGUCCUGACGGGCAUAUCGGAGCGCAAGAACCUAUACGUGUCGGAAGUGAUACACAAGGCGUCGGUGGAGGUGAGCGAAAUGGGCACCGAGGCCUCGGCCGCCACAGCCAUUAAGAUCAACACCAAAUCACCAAAACAACAGUUGACUUUCCGGGCCGACCAUCCCUUCACGUUCUUCAUCCGCCAGAACCGAAACGGAAUGCUGUUAUUCGCCGGUUAUGUCAACAAACUCUGA